AUGUUACCACGCUCCCACUAUGUCACGUCACAGCCCGAAGCAGAACAUGGCGAGCGCCCGCACCGCGAGCGGUCGCUCGGCUCACUGGGCCUCCUCGUCGCCUCCUCCGCCUUCGCCUGCCUCGGGCGCCGGUUCCUCGUGCCAAAGCCUCCAACACCGAAGCCUACUGCGACGCCGCCGCCGCAGACGCAAAGUUUGCCGGCGCCUUUACAGCCGAAUCAACAGGAUGACACGCCCUGGAUAUGCCAUUGGCGAGGCUGUGGCAAGUCAUUCGCAAACGCAGCAGAGGUGUUUUCGCAUGCCGCUCGCGUCCAUUGCCCGACCAACGCAGCGGGCGAAGCGCCCUGUCUGUGGUUAGACUGCGACCGGGUGCCGCGCCGGACUUUCGCGCUUCUCAACCAUCUUACUGACAAACACUGCAGUGAGCAUGCACUAAAAGCGAUAUUCAACGCGCGACGGCACACAGCUGCGGAUUCGGAUAGCAACAAGCCAGUUUCUCUCGGCGGCUACCCGCCGAAUGCGGCGCUAGCGGCGCUCAACAAACACGCUACAGAUAUGUUCAACCCGAGAGAGCUCAUGAACAGGGCCGAUGUCAGUCGCACGCAGGAUCAGAUGGAUGAAAAUGAGGGUCCAGUGACGAAGAGCAUACGGUUGACUGCGGCUCUCAUAUUGAGGAACAUCGUCAUUUACUCCAACACAGGCAGGCGCCAACUCCGUUCAUACGAGGCCCAUCUAGCGUCCAUAGCUCUCAGCAACGUGGAAGCAUCGCGGACGAUCGCCCAAGUAUUAUACGACAUGCACAAUAUUUGAGAAGGGCGCGGGCCCCAGGCCCGGGAUACAGACAAUUAGUGACGUCACACCUUAGAAUUAGUGACGUCAUAACUUAAUACGUUGGCAGUGAGAGCCAUCUAAAGUUUGUGAACAGUGAAAGGUUUAAGUAAGAUCAAAAUAACGCCCGUAUUCAAAAACUAUGCUUGCUUAAGUGAAGCAGCAAAUCGAACGCACAGUGUUGAAUAGUCUGUGAUUGGUUCGUG